CGUUUGGUUUGUCCCCUAUCGCCCACCGUACUACUCUCUCUUCCUGGUGCUGGUGAAGCCUCCCAGCCCGAGGAGCCUCCACCUUGUCGCUUGUUAGUGGACCAAGGCUGUCCGACUAUAGUAAUGACCCGCCGCAGCCCGGCACACUGUGUGGAGGGCAGAUAGUUGGGCGGCGAGGUGUGUUUGGUGAUCGUAAUACGAUAACGUGCUACAUAAUGCAUCCGGCGGGCGACAUGGCUCAGGCGUAGCCCCGAGUGUCCCGUGGCGUGUUGUACCUGUGAAAGUGCGUCAGUGGCCGCGAUGCGUUUCAACGAGAAGGAGUUGGUGUCCCUCAGCCGCCAGCCGUCAGAGAGGGCGGCCGAGCUGGGCAUGAGAGGACCCAAGAAAGGAGACGUUGUAAAGAAGAGACUGGUGAAACUGGUUGUCAACUUCCUCUUCUAUUUUAAGACUGACGAGGAAGAGCCUCUUGGAGCCUUGCUUCUGGAGCAGUGUCGCGUAGAGAGGGAGGACAGCCAGGUCUUCUCUAUUGCAUUUCUAGAUGAGGCAGAGAGGAAGUAUCUGUUUGAGUGUGACUCUGAAGAGCAGUGUGUGGAGUGGAUAGACUCCAUCAUCAAGGCCAGUUAUGAGUUCAUGAGGAAGAACCUUAUAUUUUAUCGAACUGAGAUCCACAGGCUGACUGGCAAGGACCCCCUGGAGCAGUAUGGCAUUUUAGAUGAAACCCGCUUCCAGGUCAGCAACGGCCUGCCACUGAUGCCUAAAGAUACCUCUUCCAUGUAGCGCGGCCUCUCCCAUGCCCACGUAUGCGUUCCUUGCUUCCUAAAUCACUGCACUUGUCCAGCCUUUCCACAGCAGCUGUCUACCAGUUUGUACCAGUUUCCAUUUUUACCCUCCUCCCAUUUUAUCAGUCACAUCUCAGUGGUUUGAAAAUCAUGGCUGUCUUUGUCACUGUCUUAAUUUACGGUAAAUGUAGUUUUUGCGGUCCAUGUCCAGGAUCUUUUAUGCUAUAGGCUGUGCCAGCUUGCAUAAAGUGAGGACCAGGAUUCGUCUGUUUUACGCUUGUCAGUCACUGCAGGUAGAGUUGGGCUGUGGAAAACACAACACUGUACUUUGUCUAAUUUUAAAUGCCUUUUCUCUGUUUCAUUUUCAAACUUUGCCUUGAUCAGUUCAUCGACUCCUGUACAGUACAUAUGUUGUGUACAUGAUUUCUACCGGACAUAUACUUGCUGUAUUUUCAGAGAAUGUGAUGAUGUUUUUAACUUUUGUUUAGGGCUAUCAGUGCUAUGAACAUGAGUUAAACAAGAGGCAAUGCAGGACAUGAGUUCGUGGACCUCCAGUGUAAACUUUAGUGUAAGUCAGUAAAUGCAAAGUGUGGGUGAAUGUGUUUUAGACUAUUAGCCCCCAGUGCCCUCUUAAGAAGACCUUUGGGAGCUGUCUUGAUUUGCAUUACAUGGGCCCUUUAUCUGCCAAGUUGAGCCACACCUUUUACUCCCAUGCUGUUUAUGAGAAAGACUUUUAGCGAGCCUUAUAUUCAUUUAUUGUAGUCCAGUUAAAACAUUCAUUUUUAAAGAUUAAUAUUUUUGCACAUCCAUCCAACAGUUCUUAGCUGGGUAUUGGGGCUUUUGAUAGAAUUUCAAUCAGUUACUUGAACCUGCUGUACCUACUCUGUGGCACUUUGAAUUAAAUUCUUACAGGUGAAUUGUUGUUGGACCAUUUUGAAAUAUCAAGCUCUUGACGUGUCCUUUGUAACAAGUUGUAACUUCUCAGUCUUAGCUACAAUAUAGCAGCAGCUAAUAAUUUGUCAUUGUAGAUGAAAACCUGCGAGCAACCACAUUUCACUUUGUAAGGCGUUGUUGUAUUCUGCAGAACAGUCAGAUUUGUUUCACUGGUCAGAGCCGUGCCCACAAAGACGAGGAUUUGUCACUGAGUGUGUCUUUAUUUUAAAGCCUUUGCACAUGAAAUGUGUUCAGUCUGUAUUUUUAUUGAAUGUUAGAUUAUAUUCAUCUAAAUGCCAUCUUCUAGUUCUAUUAAUAAUGAUUUUUUUUUUCUAAUAAAAGCCAUUUGAAAGAUACAUUAA